AGCACGAAUUUAGAACACCUGUUAAACUGUUCUUGUUUUUUCUUAAUACUCUUAUUUUUGUUUUUUUAUUUUUCUAAAUACCUACCGAUUUCAAUCGUCCUAAACUAGAUUAUUCAGAUAAUAUUUAAUAGCUUUGGCUGGAUUUCCAAAACUAUUGAGAUUAUUAAUAACCAUUAAUUCUACUGCAUACCCUUUAGGUUUCUAUCUUGCUUCUUAUGUUGUAUUGUGCCAUGGUAGUUUAACUUUAACGAUCCUUCUGUGUUUGGUUUUGGUGUUACGACGGACAUGUUUUGAACAGGAACACCAAAUGUAAUGUCAACAGAUCCGCAUUGGUUAAAGGGAGUAAUAGCUGUUGCAGUUGGCAUUGGAAUAACGGUUGGUUCAGUUGGGGUGGUUUUUAUAACUCGACUACUAGAAAAAAAAGAAAAACUAUUAUUAAAACAGGAAGUUGAUGAAUUAAAUAUUGCAAUACUUGAUCUUCAAGCAGAAUUUAAAGCAUUAAAGAAAAAAAUUAUAAAACCAGGAAAAAGAUCAGCCUUAUCAAGUAGCACCAGUGUAACAAGCGAAGCUAGUUUGUAUACAGCGCUAGGAACUGACGACGAAUUUCACGACAUGUCAUCAGAAAACGAAGAAUCCCAUUCAAAUAUUCUGAAUGAAAAUCCAGAUGGUAGUUUGUCUUCAGAACAUUUUAGCGAACAUUACACUGGACCUUCUUUACUUAGUGAUGAUAUUUUUGAUCAAGUAGAUGAAUUAUUUGAAGGUUCUGAUGAAGAUAAACUUAAAGCUUAUGAAAUUUUAUUACACCUUAACGAAGAACGAACAGAUGAUAUUGAGGUACUUUGGAGGUUAGCAAAAUCGUGUCAAUUUGUAUCAAAAUAUUAUAUUGCAGCGAAAAAAAAUCUAGAAAAAAGUAAAUCAGUUAUUGAUGAAGGUGUAAAAUGGUCAAAGCAUGCCUUGGAAAUGUAUCCAGGGAAUUGCAAUGCACACAAAUGGUUUGCUAUAUGUAGUGGUGCUCGAGGUCAGUUAGGAUCAACUAAAGAAAAAAUUGAAGGAGGUUAUAUAUUUCAAAAUCAUAUAAAUGAAGCAAUAAAAAUCAAUUCUCGUGAUCCAACUUUAUAUUAUUUAAAAGGAAAACUUGAAUAUGAAGUUGCUGUUUUAUCAUCUUUUGACCGGCGUAUAGCCAGUUGGUUGUAUGGAGAGGUACCUAAAGGUACAAUACCAGAAGCGAUUGAACUAUUUUUAAAAUUUCAACGUGAAUCACCGAUUCAGCUAAAAGACUGUCACCUACAUCUUGCCAAGUGUUACAUAGCUAAAAACGAGUAUGAAACUGCCGUGAAUUGGUUGGAACAAUCAUUGCAGCUUCCUGCUAAGGAUUCUGAGGAUAAAGAAACGGAUAGUGAAGCCAAUCAACUUCUCAAGAAAUAUUUAAAAUAUAAAAAAGUUUAGGUUCCAUUAUUAUUUUCUGAGAAUUUUUUUUUAAUAAUUUUUUUUCUUUUAUGGCCAAACUACGUGAUUUUUAAAUUUUUAACUUUAUGUAUGUUUAGUUUAUUUAUUUUUUGGUGUAAUGUAACAGUGGUAUAUUAUUAUUUAAUUUUAGUUUAUUUCUAUACAAUGUUAUAAACAAAAAUUAUUUGCUUUUCUCUGAAACUUUAAAAUUCCAAUCAUAAUUUUGAAAAUAUUGGUACCAGUUUAUUACAGAGUAUUAUUAUAUUUUUUGAGACUUAAUUUAAUUUAUUUAGACUUUUAUGUUCAUAAUUGUUGUUUUUAUUAAAAAUAUACACAAGGAAAACAAUGUUUCAUCAAA